GCAAAUAUGAAGAAAGAAAUCUCGCAGAGGUGUAUCAUUAAACUCACGACAAAAUUUUCCUUAUCAUUAUCUUCUCGUCUGACUGAUUAACUUUAUUUACCACAAUGACAUCCAGGGGACUAACUCUAAUUGUUGCCCUGGUGGCUGUUUUCAAUGGAGUUCAAUCAGAUUCAACUACUCCAAGUUCAGUUUUUACAAUGUGUAUUCCUGAGAUCUACUGGAAAGAUUGUGUAAACAUGAUGAAAGACUCCGAAAGCAAGGGAAUCCCAAUUGCUUGUGUGACAGGUCGUGAUAGGUACGAAUGCAUUGAAAGAGUAGGAAAAAAAGAAGCUGAUGUCGUUGCUGUUGAUCCUGAAGACAUGUACCUUGCAGCAAAAAAUAAUCUUGCUUCGUCAGCUGGUUAUAACGUUGUCGAACAGAUACGUACGAAGGAAGAACCAGAUGAGCCUUAUCGAUAUGAAGCAGUGGUUGUUAUUCAUAAAGACUUGCAAAUAUUUGAUGUUCAUAGUCUUCGGGGUUUGAAUUCCUGUCAUACUGGCGUAGGUCGUAAUGUUGGCUAUAAAAUUCCCAUUACCAAACUUACUGCCAUGGGAGUCCUUGCUAACAUUAACGAUCCUGAGUAUUCUGCCAGAGAGAAUGAAAUUAGAGCUUUAAGUACACUUUUUAAUAAAGGAUGUCUUGUUGGAAAAUGGUCACCUGAUCCAGUAAUUAAUAAAAGAAUGAAGGAAACUUACAGCAAUAUGUGUGCUCUUUGUGAACAUCCAGACAUCUGUGAUUACCCAGAUAAAUAUUCAGGCUAUGAAGGAGCUCUACGCUGUCUUGCACAUAAUGGUGGCCAAGUGGCAUUUACCAAAGUCAUUUACGUUAAACGUUUCUUCGGGCUUCCAGUUGGAAAAGGUCCUGCAGUACCUACUACAGAAAAUCCCAAUGAUUUCAUGUAUUUUUGUCCUGAUGGUACUAAAGUUCCUAUCAAUGCUGAAACUAAACCAUGUACCUGGGCUGCUAGACCAUGGCAAGGAUAUAUGACCAACGGUCAAGUGAAAGAUGUUGAUGCUGUUCAAAAGGAACUAACACAACUGGGAGCACUUGGUGAAAAAGAACAAGCAGAUUGGUGGAAAGACAUAUUGUUAUUGAAUGACAAGACAAUUGCAAUCAAAACAAAUGCUGUAGCCCCUCUAGAACAUUUGGAGACAGCAAAAUACUUGGAUGUGAUCGAGAGAAACUCAGGAGCACCUGAGAGAGAUGCUCGUUGGUGUGUCUGGGAUAACGACAGUUUUGAGAAGUGCAAAGCACUUGCAAAAGCAGCACACUCAAGGGAUGCAAGACCUAGAUUAGAUUGCAUUCUAGAAAAAGAUCAAGAAACUUGUCUCACUACACUCCGAGACGAAGGAGCUGAUCUAGUUAUUCUGGAUGGUGGUUCUGUGAAGAAAGCAAAAGAAGAAUUUAAUGCAGUUCCUAUUGUGGCGGAAAAUUAUGGUCCUGGUCAAACUGAAUUUAGUGAAAGACCUGCUGUUGCUGUUAUCAAGAAGGAUAGUCCAAUCAAUAAAAUAGCUGAAUUGAGAGGAAAAAAAUCGUGUCAUACUUUUUACAAAAAGGACUUUGCUGGGUGGUUGGCUCCGAUGAAAAUAUUGAAGGAUUCCAACUUGACAACAUCUGAAGAUCCAAUCUCUGAGUUCUUCGAAGCAUCUUGUGCUCCAGGCGCUGCAAUAAAGGGAAGCCUCUGUCAGCAAUGCGUGGGUAAUAUUGAUUCGAAAGAUGAUCAAACUAUGGCUGCAACUAAAUGCCAACCCACUCAAGCUGAAGCUUUUAGUGGUGGUAAAGGUGCACUCAGAUGUUUAACCGAGGGUAAAGGAGAUGUAGCUUUUGUUCCUUAUACUGCUAUUCAACAGUUAGCUAAAGAAAAUGUGACUCAAGGCGCUAUUAAAACUUCUGAAUUAAUGUUACUUUGCCCUGGCGGUGGAACAGCUCCAGUAGACCAAUGGGAAAAAUGUAAUUUAGGUCUAGAACCACCAAGAAUUAUCGUCAGCCAUGCAGGCAAGACCGCUAAUGUCUUAGAAGAACUAACUCAUGGUGUUUUAACUGCUACUACUUUGUAUUCAAAGAGACCUGACCUUCUUCAAUUAUUUGGUGCAUGGGGUGGUCAACGUAAUAUUUUAUUUAAAGAUGAUGCUAUAGGAUUAGUUUCUGUUGAUAACUCAUGGAAUCAUUAUGAUGAUUGGGCUUCAACACAACAGGCUUAUGGUUCAGUAUAAAAAUGCUACAUGAAAGAGAAGUUAUAUCAUUCAUUCCAUUUAUUAUAUUUUUAUUACGCUUACAAGUUAUGUAAUGAUAAAAUUGGAGUAUAAUGUAAUAUUAAAAUUAUUAAAAAAUCCUUUUUAUAAAAAA